GUAGUCGUUCUCACCGCGUCUUAUCCUGAACGUCCUUGAACGUUGAACCCUCAUAAACGCAGGGACUUUACACUUGUCAUGGACGAGAAGCCCUUCCACGUAGACAAUAAGUCAGUGCAAUGGGCCAUUCCAGUUCCUGUUACACACCGACCGGCUGUCACCUCUCCCCGCAAGAAAUGGGGGCGCCGUCUUGCUAUCUUACUCGCUUUCUUGUCCGUGGUCCAUUUUUUGAGCGAUGUUAAGCGUCCUCAGACUCCUCACCAUCAUGGACACGAGGAACAAGAUCAUGUGAUAUCGAAUGCAUUGAUGCACCACGCUCCAAAGAAAGGUAGUGUUCUGAGAGGCAAGCAAGCUGAGCAAGUGUUCUUGUCUGUACCAGAUACGAACAGUGCCAUUGCUGCGUCCAGAGUCUAUGCGGGCAAGCCUCAUAUGGCCGGGAGCGAAGGUGAUUUUGACACUGCGAAAUAUUUCCUUGCGCACCUACAGGAAGAGCUUCAAAUCGAUCGCUCAUCUUCCGCCAUCCCACUGUAUUCAGCCGGUUCCCGCGAAUCUCGCGAGGCAACGUUAUCAAUUUCAUCCCUCAACGAAACAAAGGCUUGGGUUGAUGUUUAUUACCCUAUCCUGAACAGCCCUUUGGACCAUAGCCUUGAGAUUCUCGGAGACGACGGGAACCCCGUUUGGUCCGCUGAACUCGAAGAGGUCGCUGAUGAAACUGAUCCUUACGCCUUCAAGUCCGCAAAUGCCGUCCCGACCUGGCAUGGCAUUAGCAGAGGGGGGCAAGCUGAAGGGAAGCUGAUUUAUGCACACUAUGGAAGACAACGGGAUUUCGACGCGCUCUUAGAAGCUGGUGUUGACUUCAGUGGAAAGAUUGUCCUCACUCGCUACGGUGGUAUUUUCAGGGGUUUAAAGAUCAAACGAGCUCAAGAGCUUGGUGCUGCCGCUGUUCUGGUUUACUCAGACCUUCGUGACGAUGGCACAGUGACAGUUGAAAAUGGAUAUGUCCCCUACCCACACGGGCCUGCACGCAAUCCAACUUCCGUGCAGCGUGGUUCCGUGCAAUUCUUGUCGCUAUAUCCCGGAGAUCCCUCAACCCCUGGGUACCCCUCGUAUGAAAAUAGCACGAGAGUUGAGGGAGGAAGCAAACCGACCAUCCCGAGUUUGCCAAUUUCUUGGGCCAAUGCUGAAGUCCUUCUGAAUCAUAUGAAGGACGGUCACGAAGGCCCUACCGUUCGUCUUGUGAAUAACGUGGACGAAAAGGUUACUCCCAUUUGGAACGUCAUGGGUGUUAUUCCUGGCCGCAUCAAGAGCGAGGUAGUUGUGAUAGGUGCCCACCGAGAUGCUUGGGUGACGGGAGCGAGUGAUCCAAUCUCAGGCACUGUGUCUCUUUCAGAGGUUAUUCGUGGCUUUGGGGUCUUGUUAAAGAAAGGAUGGAGGCCCUUGAGGACGAUCCUUAUUACAAGCUGGGAUGGUGAAGAGUUUGGAUUAAUUGGCAGCACAGAAUGGGGCGAAGAUUUCCCGGAGUGGAUCAAGGAACAUGUCGUGGCUUACGUGAACAUGGAUACUUCUGCAUCGGGGUCGCGUCUCAAAGCCUCAGGAUCUCCUUUGCUUGCACAUCUCCUUCGUGAAACGGCAGAACAGAUUCCCCACCCUGCCUCUGAGGAACGAAGGCUUUGGGACGCUCGAGGAGAUUCUGGAACGCUUUUCGGCGAGCAUAUGAAUGCUGAAAUUGCUGCGAUGCAAGAAGAUGAAUUUUUGGCAGCUGAUAGCAUUGGAGUGAGUCCAUUGGGAUCAGGGAGUGAUUAUACCAUCUUCUUGCAAUACCAUGGUGUGCCGAGUACUGACAAUGGAUUCACUUCGACGCUACACGAUCCCGUGUAUCACUAUCACUCUAUUUUUGACUCUCAGUACUGGCAAGAGCUGUACGGUGAUCCUGGUUUCUCCCGUCAUGUUGCUAUUGCUAAACAUACUGGCCUACAAGUGCUUCGUCUGUCUGACGACAUCAUUUUACCGUUCAACACCACCCAUUAUUCCAUCGAGUUGGAAUCAUACCUCGACAAGGUUGCUUCUAUCGCAUUUGCUGGCUCCUAUAACGUCGAUCUGUCUCCUCUACGAGAGUCCCUUCACGCUCUACAGAGUGCCAGUUUGGAGCUGGACUCUGCCAAGACUGAGGCAGAGCGCAAACUCCGUAAGAUCCUCAAGCAAAUGAAAAAGAGGCAUGCUAUUUGCCACAAGAUCCGUCAUAAGAUCCACAAGGCUGGCUGCAAACUCAAGAAGGUAUUUGGAAAGCACGAGUGCGAAUCGAAAGACAAGCACGAAGACACGGAGAAGGAACAUCCCCAUAGACAACCCAGUCGUCAUCUUCUCAAAGCCAUUCAACGCGUGCAAGCUGUGAAUAAGCGAUUGAUCGCCUUUGAACGUAGUUUUAUAUCGAAAGACGGCAUUAAGGAUCGUGAGUGGUACAAGCACUUGGGUGUAGCUCCUGGCAAAUGGUCAGGCUAUGGCGCUACUACUUUCCCAGGGAUCACUGAGGCACUGACCAUGGACAAAAACGCAAGUGCUGCUGCCUACGAAGUGGGGAGAUUGAAAGUAAUGAUCGAUGGUCUUAUUGAAACUAUUCACCUGUAAAUCUAGAUCAUCAGAAAUAUGAGUCCUAUGUACAUGACGAACAGGUCUAGGAUCUGUGAUAUUCUGCGAACUUCCUCAAUCUUUUGUUCAUUAGAGCAUAUUCAUAACUGUUUGAACUA